AUGGAGAUGGUGCACAAAGGGCGCCUCCUCGCCGCGGUGCACAGCCUCUUCAGCGUGGCCACCCUGCUCCUCUGCAUCCUGGCCGAGCUCUGCGUCUUCGUCCUCCACCGCCACGCUUCACUCUACCUCCUCCCCGUCUGCGCGAUGCUGCUGCUCCUCCUGCGCCGCUCCGGCCGACGCGCGGACAUCAACCUGGUGGACUUCGCGUACCUGAAGCCACCCCGGCGGCUGCGCGUCACGACCCCGGCCCUCCUCGAGCACUUGCGCCUCAUCGGCUGCUUCGACGACGGCAGCGUGGAGUUCAUGUCGAAGGUCGUCGAGGCCAGCGGCAUGUGCGAGGAGACCUACUUCCCGCCCUCGCUGCACCGCAUCCCGCCGUCGGCCACGCACGCCGACGCCGUGCACGAGGCGGGGGCGCUCUUCUUCCCCACGCUCGACGAGCUGUUCGCCAAGACCGGCGUGCCGCCGUCCGCCGUGGGCGCGCUCGUCGUCAGCUGCAGCGGGUUCUGCCCCGCGCCGUCGCUCGCGUCGGUGAUCGUGAACCGGUACGGCAUGCGCGGGGACGUGAAGGCGUUCAGCCUGUCCGGCAUGGGGUGCGCCGCGGGCGUCGUGGGCGUGGACGUCGCGAGAGGCGUCUUGAGCGCGCACGACGGGGCAGUCCAGUACGCGGUCGUCGUCAGCGCCGAGAUCGUCACGGUUGGGUGGUACCCUGGGAAGGAUCCCAGCAAGCUGCUGCUGAACUGUUUCUUCCGCACCGGCUGCUCUGCCGCGCUGCUGUCGAACUCGAAUGCCGUCGCGGUGGCACCGCCGUCCAACUACCGUCUCAUCGCCCUGACACGUACUAAUCUCGCGGCCGACGACCGCGGAUACGCAUCGGCGUUGAGGGAGGAGGACGACGAAGGGAUCACCGGGUUCACGAUCAGCCGGAGCCUCGCCGGCGUGGUGCGGGAUCUCCUCCGCGCGCAUCUCCCCGCCCUAGGCGCCGAAAUCCUCCCGUGGCAAGAGAAGCUCCGGUACGCCGCGGCGCUCGUGCAGUUCCACUUCAAUCACCGACAGAGCAGCAGCAAGAAGCUCCCCGAGGAAGACGAUGUCCACGACGCUGUGCCGAAGCCGAACUUCCUCACGGCGGCGAAGCACCUUUGCCUGCCGGCGUCGGGGAUGCCGAUGAUACGGAUGCUGGCGGAGGGGCUGGGCGUCGGGGAUAGGGAGGCGGAGGCGGCGCUCGGGACGUUCCAGCGGUUCGGCAACCAGUCGGCGGCGUCGCUCUGGUACCAGCUCGCGUACCACGAGGCCAAGGGGCGGGUCCGCAGGGGCGACCGCGUGUGGCAGCUCGGCAUGGGGAGCGGGCCCAAGGCGAACAGCGCCGUGUGGGAGCGCGUCGCCGCCGACGGUGACGGUGCGGCGGCGCCCGGCGCCGACGAGGGCCCGUGGGGUGACUGUAUCCACCGCUUCCCGGCGAGAGAGCAGCCGCGCGCUGAAUUCGAUUGA